AUGGCCACAGAAAUCGAUGCCGAAGGCACCGAGAGACUGAGACGUCCAGAGUUCUUCUUCCAUGGAAUUGUGGGUCAUGUGAAGGACAAGUCGGGUGGUCGAAUCAAUGGAUGGAAAGAAGCGUCACGCUUGGCCAACUAUUGGCGCAGAUACUUCAACAUUGAGGAGAUCCCAUAUUCUUCACACUCAACUGAGCCGUAUGAGGAACUCACUCUCCAUGACAUGCCUAGGACCAGCCAGAAGAUGAGGAACAACCAGACGAUGAGGCUGAUGACACGCCGUGCUAUUCCGAGCGGUUUGAGCCUGACGCCAUGGGCUGAGAUGACCUCUCAGAAACAAAACGGAUGUGGCCGCCAUGGGCUUCAUGAGCCCGGUGAGCCCGGUGAGCCUUGCGAGCGGGACAGCGAGAGUGAAGAUAGUGGAGACAUCUGCGGCAUCAUCGAAGCAGAUGGCUUGUCGUUGGAGGAACUUCCUGUACAUCAUCAAGGUUCAUCCAAGGGAUCUUGGAGGACAUCAGUGCUUCGUGUGCUGCAGCCGCAGCCGCCAAUCAUCGAAGAUGAAGACGGUGACCUAGCAAUGCCGCGGGAAGAAUUGCAGGAAAGUCCAUCGUCAGGACUUGUGGGCUGGCGGAUCGAACUGGUACGGCUGGCGUCUUCUCGUUUGGAGCGCGUGGGUCUGCAGCUUUGGGCUGGUGCUUUGGUCUUGUGUGACUUCCUUUUAGCCCGGCCUUGGCUUUUCCAUCAGCGACGCGUUUGUGAGCUUGGCGCCGGUCUUGGCCUUUGCUCAUUGGUGGCGAGUCGCUUGGGUGCUUCAGUGCUCUGCACAGAUGGCAGCGCAGAAGCAGUGGAGAACUGCCGUGAAAACAUGCGACGGAAUCCCGUGAACGCGGAUGGAGUCCAUGGCUCGGAGCUUGUGGCGCACUUUGAGCCGAACGGCGCGCCGAACGGCUCCACGGAAAGGAAGGAUCUCCAGGAUCUCCAGGAUGUGAAGGUCGAAGUGGUCAGAUGGGAAAGUCCACCUGCAGAGAUGACCGCCCUGUGGGCAGCUGAAGUGCUUUUGGCCGCAGAUGUGAUCUAUGAUGCGGCUGCAGCAGACGCAUUUGCAAAGCUGGCAGCUAGAUUAUUGAAAGGAAAUGCAAAAGCUUUGUACAUGUCACUGGAGAAAAGGGUGUAUUUCUCAUCUGCCACUUUGAAACCUGAAGUUGCAGCAUACCCGCAGUUUCUAGAGGAUUGCGACCGGCUUGGACUUCAUGUUGAACCAAUUGACUUGUCUACAGUUCCGGUGCACUUCAAGUAUGUUCGCUCGCGAUUCUACGAACUGGUGAAAAUCACGGAUGACAGUGCACCGAACUUGAAACGAAAGCACUCGGACUUAGGAAGCCCCCAACUGGAGGAAGUGCCAGAAGUAUCGGCCCAAAGUCAGCCAGACUAA